AUUCGUUCAGUGUAUUUCAGCAAUCAUGUAUACGGCAGUUAAUUUCUUCCUUAUCAAUUUCAUAUUUGCGGUUUACGGUUCGCCGGUAACGCACAUUAUCGGCGGUAGAGAUGCUCCACCCGGCAAAUAUCCACACCAUGUAGCUCUAAAAUAUGGAAACAAUUUUCGUUGUGGUGGAUCGAUUAUUAACAAACGUUAUAUUCUCACUGCGGCUCAUUGCGUAAACGAUCUUACAGAUAUUAAAAGACUCGCAGUCCACGCAGGUACGAUCUACUUAAAUGAAACAGGUGAUGUUUAUCAAGCGGAAAGCGUAGUUUGGCACAAUGGCUUCGAUGAGAUUGCACUUGCUGAUGAUGUCGGUCUCAUUCGGUUAAACAGGGAUAUCGAGUACACCAAUGCAAUAAAACCCAUUCCGCUUGCACAAGAAGAUAUCGCAGUCACAGAUCUUCCUUGCGUUAUAUCUGGUUGGGGCAGAACUUCGCUUAAUGGAAAAAUACCUAACACCUUACAAGAAAUAAACCUAAAGGUCUACUCUUCCGAAAAAUGUCAGCGUUUGGCUUGGCAAAUAACAAAUAAUCACAUCUGCACUCUUACAAGAGAGGGCGAGGGAGUGUGCUAUGGUGACUCAGGUAGUGCUCUUCUUGCUAAUGGUGUUCAGAUUGGCAUCGCAUCGUUUGUAUUUCCAUGUGCUUUAGGAAAACCCGAUAUGUACACUAAGGUGUCCUCGUAUCGAAACUGGAUUAACGAGCAUAUGUACCAGUACACUUUCAACAUGCACGCGUUCAUUGCCUUGUUAAUUGCCUGCUUAACUGUAGCCGUUCACGGCUUCCCAAAUGCUCAUAUUGUUGGUGGAAAAGAUGCUCCGGUUGGUAAAUACCCAUAUCAAGUAUCUCUACGACGAUACGACAAUCACUUUUGUGGCGGAUCUAUUCUCAAUAAGCACACCAUUCUUACUGCCGCUCAUUGUAUAGAAGCUUACACGUCGAAUCCUUCCGCUCUGAAAGCAAUAACUGUCCAUACCGGUACAACUCUGUUAAGCGAGUCUGGUACAGUGUAUAGAGUAAAACAAGCUAUUGCUCAUAAAGGUUUCAAUUCUUUUGCAUUGAACAACGACGUCGGUUUACUUAUUUUGUCAACUCCCAUUGAGUACACCAAAUAUGUACAACCCAUAGAAAUUGCAACUGAUGAUGUUGCUCCUGGCUCUAAAUGCACUUUAACUGGAUGGGGAACAACUUCGUUUGGUGGUCGAGUCCCUAACAAUUUACAAGAGAUUGAGUUGAACGUUUAUGAUCAAGGCAAAUGUAGCCUAAGACACUGGCAAGUACGAUCUAGUCACAUUUGCACACUCACGAAAGCAGGCGAAGGUGCAUGUCACGGUGAUUCUGGUGGUCCUCUUGUUGCCAAUGGUGUUCAAAUCGGCAUUGUUUCCUUCGGUAUACCGUGUGCUCGUGGUGCUCCUGAUGUAUUCACUAGAGUGAGCUCAUUCACAGAUUGGAUUCAACAAAACAUGGUUCAAUAAUUAAGAACAAAGAUAAAAUGAGAUAUUAUUUUAUACACAUAUUAUUAUUUAAAUAUGUUAAUUUUUUGAUACUUAUUUUAUAAGUAUAAAUUCCGUUAUGAAACAUUUUGUAUAUAUAACUAUAAUUGUGCAUGUUAAAAAAGAAAAUUGGAAAUUAUGACUAAUAAAAAUUUUCUGAAGAUUAUUAAAUGUGAAU